CAAGCACCAGUCGCAUCAUCAUUUCAGAUGAGACAACGCGUUUGCGGCCUGGCUAGCGCAGUCACUUAGUGUUAGCCCAGCGCGUUCACUUCCAAGUCCCAAGGUUAUGUCUGUGUGCGAGCUUUCAGGCAGAUGUCCGCGGGCAACCUAAUUGGAUUUGAAUGCGUGCCGCCUUUGUUCGGACUCGAAGACGUUUUCGUCUAGAGUGAAGUGCCCCAGCGUAAUGCAUUCCACAACCCAUCGCCCCUUUUCUCAUCCUGCUAGGAUAUCACCAACUGGACGAAAAACCAACCUCAAUGAGCGACACCUUGGUGCAGCCAACAAUGAAAUUUGCCGGUAAAUUUUGGUUCCUAACUAUUCAGAGGGAGCCGUUUGCGUUCGGAGCCACUCGUCUGUCUGGUGCGUCUUUGGGAACAAAGGAAAGAUGCCGAAAACGAUGAACACAUGGAGGACUCGACGUGCGCAUUUAUACACGAGAUGCCCGUCAUGCCCCCUGGCGACCACUACGGUAGGUGCGCAUCGAUAUUACCAAAAGAAAAUCACCUGAAGCAACAACAGGAGUCCAGCCAUGGCAGCCACCAACGAGGACCAAGGCCCUCACCAGGAAGCCAGCAAAUAUUUCUGGGAGGCCCGGACAGACCAUCAGUCGAGCGACUGGGUAGCGCAGUUCGGCAUCAAGCUGAGCCAUUGGGUUCCAAACCCCCUCACCGAUGUCUACUUCACGCCUCGAACACUUCAUCAUGAUCUCGCAGGUUACACGCCGACGAGGAUAGAGAUCGCACUACCACAUGCCGAGUGGGAGAGAAAGGACUCUUGGUUUGAAGAGACCUUUAGGCACCUGUACUGGGCGACCUACACUUUCUCUGUCAGGCGAUUUGGACAGCACAACUUUCGCCUGCCCAUGGGUCGUUCCCCUUGGGCGGACGCUGAGCUUUCACCUCAGUUCCUCAGCUUUGCGUCUCAGCUCUCGCGUCAGGACCCUCUCGUUGGAGGCUGGGACCAUGUGCUCAAGGACAAGACGCACCGGGCAUGUCUCGUGACCGGGAUCAUCUCUAAAGUCUUGGUCGAGAAUGUCUUCAACGAGCUUUUGUGGGGAGCGACGGAUCAGCAAACCUGGUUCCUCCGGGCCCACGAUGAGGCCACACUCUCUGACGACGGAUUCAAACGGACUAAAAGACGCGCUCAGAUCGUCAGAGAUAUGUUGGGAGGUGACCUGCUUUCACCCAACUUCUGGCCGAGGGUGGAUGCGUUGGCCUACCAGGUCACCUCCCUCCUUCUACCCUUGAUCAACUUCCAAGGUCAACAGACGCCGACGGAGAAGUGGCCUGGCCUCAUGGUAAUCUACCAGGAGCUUCACGACAUCAUCGCCGAGGCCGCUUACUUCUCCAUCUGCAUUCGUCUGUCCCACACCAUCUUCCACAUCGAGUAUCCGGAGCCGGGAGACAAGUGGGAGCUUGACUACAGUCACCUGGAGCCGGAGCACAUCUACCAGAAGUCGAAGUCGAAGGGGCAGAAGUACGAUAUGCGUCAAGGAAACGAUGAUAGCAGGCGCUAUCAGCGGAUUGCCAAGGUCAAGGUCAUUGCCUGGCCCCAGAUCAAGCGCCACGAGCCCCUCGGAAGUGUCGAACAUUACGGCGCAGAGAAUGGCCAGCGCGUUGCCCUGGUCUCCAGGUGUGAGGUGGCCUAUUACUAUGGCAUGUCGGAUGACCAGGGCGAGAUGUGGGAACGGAAGCCCACCUUGACAGAGCACGUGCUAUCGUCCAAGAAAACGACGCAUCGCAUCGACCAGGCCCGCAGCUUUCUUAUUCCCACGCUCGGUCUUCUCGCCGUCAUCUCCCUGAGCGCCCUGAUCUCUCCCAACAACGUUCUCUUACGGGGUUUCUACAACAUCUCCUAUGGCGUCUGGUGGGCCAUCGCCGCUGUCAUAGGGGGCCUUUUGCAGAUCAUCGGGGGUAGCUUGCGCACAAUUUUUGGCGGACCUAUUGCUGGUCCUUAGGAGUAUGGGCCUCCCAUGAGCAAAGGUUGGCGGUUUCUCCUCCGUCUCCAGCUCUUCUCAUGUCUCACCGCGGAUGGGCAGCAUCAGGAGAAAGGGUUUCCUUUGUCGUGGGUUUUGUAUUUUGGCUCCCAUUCUUUUUCUCUUGGUUGGCUUCCAUCUUGGUAAUGUAUUUCUUUCUUACCCGGAGUUUGGAAGUGUGUUUUGGUUCAAUGCACGGGGCGUGUUAAGAGGGUGGCCUAGGG